AUGGACUACCAUGAGUUGAAGGUCGCCAUGAGGGCGCUGGGGUUUGAUGUCAAAAAGGCUUAUGUGCAGGAACUCAUGCGUUCUUAUGACAAGCAAAACACAGGCUUUAUAACCCAAAGCGACUUCGAAGAGAUCAUGACCCAAAAGUUCCUCGAAAGAGAUCCUGCGGAGGAACUGCUGAAAGCUUUCCGCCUCUUCGACGACGACAACACGGGGAAGAUUUCGAUAAAGAAUUUGCGGCGAGUGGCUCGCGAGUUGGGAGAAGAUCUGCCAGACGAAGAGCUGCAGGCGAUGAUCGACGAAUUCGACCGAGACAUGGACGGCGAAAUCAGCAAAGAGGAGUUCAUGGCGAUAAUGAAACAGACCAGCCUCUACCAAUAG